AUGCUCUUGUUGAAAAUUCCCUCUGCAUCUCUUCUAUUCUAUUUCUAUCCAGUACAUCGGAAUCUCAAUAAAAGGGCGGAGCCAAUAGAUGGCAGCAGCAGCAGCAAAGAAAUAAACAACGGCUCAACAGAAUCUAACAACGAGAAUAAUAACAAUAAUGACGAAGAGAAUAAGAAGAAGAACAAAAAUGUAGAUCCGGAAUCAUCCAUCUGUUUGCUUCAGCCUAUUACUUCCGAUUCCGGUCCUCAUUACAUCGGCAUUCGCCGUCUCCUUCUCUUUAGAAAAGCCCACUCCGGUGUUCAUCGCCGUUUUGAUUGGAGAUGCAAUGGAAAAGAGUAUGUGAGCUUUCGUAAUUACAUUUGUAGGCCAAGAAAUUGGGACAGUUUGCCAGGCCACCAAAGCACUCCGGGAAACAGUGGACGAUGGCUUCAAUCUACGAGUCCACUCUCCCAUUUGUUCGAGGUGGACAGCUGGACUUCCAGCCAGAACCUGCGAAGUAUCAAUCCAUCUUCUACUCGCAGAACAAGUUUCAGUUCAACUGCAAGUGAUAAUGAUUCCCUAUGUUGCCAAGCGGCUGAGCCUGCAUAUUCUUUUGUAGGAAUGCAUUGCAUCUUUGAUCAAUGCAAAGCUGCUGUUACUGUUUUGAAGUUUGGGUACAUGAUUUCUGAUGUCUCAGAACCACCUUCAGUCAUAAAACAAUUAGAGGGCCAUUCUAAAGAUGUCACAGACUUAAACUUCUCAUCCAACAAUCAGUACAUUGCAUCAGCAUCCAUGGAUAAAACUGUGAGAGUAUGGGAGUUGUCAAAAGGGAUUUGCAUUCGAGUAAUAUAUGGAAUCUCUUCACAGUUGUGUAUUCGUGUUCAUCUUGUAAAUAACAACUUUCCCUCAGUUGGCAAUGCAAACAGAGAAAUUACCGUAAAUAUCAUUUUCCUUUGCUUGCUUGCUUGCUACGUCAUAGCACAUUUACUUGACUAGCUGUAUUCACUCAUAUUGUUGUCAUAAUUGAUUGAAUAUGAGAAAGCAUCUAAUCACAUUUGAUGAUUUAAAAUAGAUUGAUCCUGCUCACGAUCUUAAUCAGUUUGAGAGGUUACCAACUUCUUAUGUGCAAGCUUUCAUGUUGAAGCAAUUUCAAAUGAGAAUCUCUUGAAAUUUAGGAUAGUAUAUAGGUUUGUAUUUUAUUACAGCAAUUUAGGUUCUGAUAUUUGGUCACUUAUUAUUGGUACAUAUGAACUUAGAAUACAUCUAAAAAGCUUAUGUAAAAACAUGUUCACUUGUGCAAUUUUUUCAGAGAUAAUUUCAUAAUAUUCAAGUGUGUGGAGGAAAAUUGGUUGUGGCAAUGAAAUGUAAUGUAUUUGUAGGUCAUCGUUUGCUGGAUUAGUAAGUUUUUUGUCACCUUCUACACAACUUCUAUGUCUUAUGCAACUAUCCCACAGCCUCCAUGCUCUUUUCCCACCUGUCCUACAGCCCCUGAAAUUUUCUGCAACAUUUUUUCCAACCACUGCACCUUUUUACACUACAUUUUUCAGAGAGAAGCAAAAUAAAGGGAGUGUUGAUUGGGAAGCGUAAAAGCUCCAUUAAAACUGCAAGGUUUUGGUCUAGAAUUGAGAGUUCACAUAUCCUACAGUAGAAUCUUAAAUUUGACCCGGCCUGGGAACAGUAAUAACUGUUUUAUCUUUGCUGAAGUGCUCUUUUUUUGUAACAUGAACUUGCCGGAAUUGAGGAUUCAAACGUAAACUUCUACAACCUAACUCGGCCAAAGAAUACAUGCGUCAACAAGCUACAGGGUCAUCGCUUUCUAGUUGGUGAUGUUGCGUGGAACCACGGGGAGAAUUUGCUUGCGUCUGAUAUUUAUGGCAUCGUUAUUAUAUGGAAGAAAGAAAAGACAAGACAGGUAUAAGCGGAAACAAUUCAUUCACGCACUCUAGGACUAAGACUUCAGCUUUGUCUUGUGUCGUCAUUCUUUUGUAACUGCCGAACCAUUUGUUGCAUUAUUUCUCCGAUUCAUUGUGUCAAUGUGAAACCGAGCGAUCACUAUUUGUAUUAAAUUUUGUACUCAGGCAGUUAACCAUAUACAUGUAUACGGCAUUGAAGAAGACAACACGAAAUUCAUGGUUGGUAUUAAAUAGUAUUGCAUAUUAUUUUCCUGUGGGCAAAA